AUGGAUAUUUCCUACGGAAUCCUAGGAUUUGCAGUUUGUUGUCGAAUCAGAGUCCUCGGUUUUGGAAUCGCCCAGUUGGAUGGGGUUAAAAUAAGGGGGCAUGUUGUACCAAAUCCAGACCCAUUUCUGGGAUCAUAUUGCUCUCUCUUGACAUUCUCUUCAGAGGGAGCCUUUCUUCCCAAAGUCAAAAUGUGCUGGUUGGAAAAUUCUAGAGGGAUCUGUGACUUCUCUGAGACCAUGAGAUCACUACGACACCAUGGCUUGGUCCGACGGGAUCCUGGGAUGGGCAGUUUGUUGUCGAAUCAGAGUCCUUUCACUGAAAAAGGGAGAGAUGUAGAACAUGGUGGGGUUUCAUAUCCACGUCGAAUUUCCCUUAAUUAAUGUCCAAAAGAGACUCGUCAUGUGGGCAGUGAGGGCAGAGCUCGGAAGUGUGGAAGGAAGAGUCCCCGGGAUGGGUCUCUUUGGACUUCACUUCAACAAGAACUAAGAGCAAUUUGACGUGGAUAUGGAAUCCCACCAUGUAUUAGGACAUUCUUGGACUUCCAUUGAGCAUCUUGAGUUAUUCUAGACAAGGUUGAAGGAUGUCUUAGAGUGUGAUUGGAGCUCCCAUUUUGGGGUCAUUUUUGGGGUCAUCUGGACAGCUGGAAUGGGUGCUAGUUGAACUGGUUCUCUGUCUGAACCGUGCACCAUCCCAGGGGGAAAGGGAAUGGAUCCUAUGCGUGUUGCUGUUGUUGCUGAUCCCAGCUGUCUAUAGAGCACUGUGUAAGCACCUAGUCCUCAUCGGUAUCCCAGCCUCCCCGCAUAAAGCGGUACCUAAAUUUUCUACUCUUUCAAGCUGCAUAGGUCAACAGGUCUUAGUGACAUUAAUUUCUCCUUUAUAUUUUUCUGUAAACAGGGAUUAAUUUUAGAAAAACUUAGCAUCCAGAAUCAGUACAGAUUCAUUGACAAGGCCAUUGGCUUAAUUAUAACCAAGAGGAGCUCAACACUGACGAUCAAGGACUUUGAUUUUGAUGGCGUUCCGGUCAGAGUGUAUUGGCCCAAAACGACUCCUUCUGGGAUGAGAAGAGGAGUGGUUCUCGUUCCUGGAGGUGGUGGCAUUAUGGGAAAUAUAUGUAAGUUCUCCUGGAAACAGAGUUCAGGUGGAGUAUAUAGGAUCUUUCUAUGUACACAGUCAUGAAUCCCAUCAGUAAUAAUCUCUCUUGAAAUGUGAUGUGUUUUUCAGGGUUGGGAGACUCACUAUGCCGCUACAUUGCCAAGGAGACUGAUUCCGUCACUGUGAACAUUGCGUUUCGUUUGGCUCCAGAGAAUCCCUUCCCGAUCCCAGUCAUGGAUUGCUGCACGGCCACCGCACACUUCUUGAAAAAUGCCUCGGACUACGGAGUGGACCCGAAUCGCAUAGCUCUCUACGGGGAAUGUAGCGGAGGGACAUUUGCUGCCGUCGUUUGCCAACAGUUGGCGGCCAGGCCGGAUCUCCCAAAGCCUUGCGCUCAGGUCCUCCUCUAUCCCUAUUUCCAGGCCGUCGAUUUCAACUUGCCUUCGUAUCAGCAGAACCAGGCAGUCCCCAUGUUGUUCAAGAAGCGGGCCGUGCAGCUCGGCACGGUGUAUCUGAAGGGGAAGAGGUUCAACAUAGAGCCCGUCAUGAGGAACGCUCACCUCCCCAAACACGUCUGGAUGAAAUACAGGAAGUGGGUCAGUCACGACCUCAUCCCGGAGAGAUUCAAGGGCCGGGGUUACGUGCCCAUGGAGUGGCCUGAGUUUAUCCCAGAAGUUUACGAACAAUGCAAAGAAUUAAUCAACCCCAUGUUUUCCCCGCUGUUGUCAGAGGAUGACGUGAUCCGACAGCUCCCCAAGACUUUCAUUCUGACCUGCGAGUAUGAUGUUUUCCGAGACGACUGCCUCUUGUACAAGAAGCGGCUGGAGGACAACGGCGUCCCAGUGACGUGGUAUCACGUCGAGGAAGGAUUCCACUGCAUAACAGUGUGGCUUGACAUUCCACUCCUGGAAUACCCAACUCUGAAAAUGCAUUUCCGUCAUGUGACUGAUUUCAUUAACAGUAUAUAAGACACGUGUUCUAUUUUGGCUUGCUGUGAGUUUUUCGGGCUGUAGGGUCACGUUCCAGCAAAAUUCUCUCCUUUGUUGCUUUCCCAAAUGUUAAAUUCCGCUUUAGAUAGAUGGAGAAAGUUAAACGGUUAAAUUGAGACUCAUUGAGCUCCUGUCUCAAUUUACCUCUUUCUCUGGUGAUCUGGCUAUCUGCUCAGUCGCACAGAAAUAAAAUCACACUUCCAAGUUGU